AUGAGCGGCAGCCAUGUUCCUUCUGCGUGGCGCACGGCAUGGAAUGCACAUAUGCGAGACCACAGCCAGUUGAGGAAUCGAGGUGACCACCAGACAUUCAUCCAUUGGACUGGCCAUUGGCUCACAGUUCGCGCAUACAGAACAAUAGAGGCCUUGGAGAGGAAAAUAGCGGAAUUGACAGCAAAGCUCAGAAGAGCCGAAAAUUCUCAUCCAAAGUCGGAUUCGAAUAAUUUGACCGAGGACUCCGUGCGUUCCAUUGCAGAAUACCGCCCGCCUCAUCAUAUGACGAGCUCUACUGCCGACGAGUCGUCGCAGCAGGAUUUAGAGGCCCCUGCUCAUGCAGAUACCAGCAGCUCUGGCGUGGGAAUGCUGACAGAUUACGGUGAUGCAUCGAUACCCGACACCACCGAUCUUAAUGUACACACCCAAGGCUGGGAAUACUACGGUCCUUCCUCACCCAUCGCCUUUCUCCGAAGAAUUCCCAAUUUGUCUGGCGAACGAGGAGACUACUAUUCUGAGCAGACGACGCGAACAUCAUUCGCUUCCUUCCUUCACAACACCUCUUUCCCCCCCGACUCGCCCACAAACUCGGCGGCCCAUCCGAGCGGUAGAUCUGUUGGUCGCGAAAGACUCUAUUUUCGAGUUUCGAGGAGAUUUAUUGACGCUUAUUUUGACAAUCUUCAUCAUAUCCAGCCCGUUUUGGACCAAGAUGAUUUUAUGGCACGCUGCGAAGAUAUAUGGUUCUCUGAUAAAGUGACAUUUCCCUGCCCUUUUCUGGCUUUGUAUUAUAGUGUCUUGUCUCUGGGCGCGGUCCUUGCGCACCCGAAAACCGGGAAAUUCGGUGGCCUGGAGAAUUUGGAAUGGAGCCGAAAAUUGUUCAAGGAAGCUUGCGAGGUUUUAUCAGGCCUUGGAAACCAUACGAACUUGGACAUGGUUCAGUGUUAUUACAUGAUGGCGAAGGUCGCGCAACAUGAGCUCAACCCCCACGUCACAUAUUUGUACGUGGGUCAGGCGGUCAGAAUUGCACUGGCAAUAGGAUUAAAUCGUGAGCCGUCCACCGCUAUGGAUGCGGUCAGGAGGGAUUCGAAGCAAUCAUGGCAAACCUGGUGGUGUGUACUCCGAGACUUUCAGACAAGUUUCGCGCUGGGACGACCAGACGGGCUUGGUCUCGACGUUUUCCAUACAUGCCUUUUCCCCGGUUCGCAAAAGGUAACACCGCAGGAUAUUGGAAUGCCGGAAGACCGGGGUCUGCAAAUUCUUCCCGUCAUGGUCUCGUUCUCGCGUAUCAUGCGACACGUAGCGUCUGAUCUUUACGCAACUCAAGACCCAGUCGCGGUGAAAUGCGGGAAGAUUGCCAUCCUUGAACACGAACUGGAUGUUUGGUUAGAAAGCUUACCACCGCAGCUCUCAAAGACCAACGGUGUCACCCCUCAAGCGCUCAAAUCAACUUGGACCAUCACCUUUGAAGAAAAGCAAAGAAUUGUUGUUCAACUCCGCUAUCACAACCUUCGAAUGGUGAUUCACAGCUCAGUCACUGGAGGAUUUUCCACGCAGGAUCAAGAUGUUAGAACAAGGGUGCAGAAUCAUUGGCAAAUUUGCAUCAGCUCAGCCAUGGCAACGAUCAGCUUAGUUCAUGAGACGUUCGCCAAGUAUAACUUUUUCCAGACAUGGUCCUAUAAUACGACGUAUGUCCUCUAUGCCGUAACCAUCUUGCUCAUAGGUGUUUUCCAUCCCCUCAGUCUUGCUGAUUCAGAUACUAUUUUUGGGUGUGUGAAUCGAGCAAUCACCGUGCUUGAUGCGGUGGAAGAGACCGUUGUGACGAGAAAAGCCAUCGCAAUUAUCAAGCAGACUUUGGAGAGAGCAAAGGCGCAUCGCCGUAGAAGCUUGCAAGAUAUGAGAAGUGACGACGAUCGGAAUGAUGAACAUUCGGCGGGCACCAGCACAAGGUAUCCAGCAACAAUGGAUGGUGAGAGCAAUGCGACCGUCCCUGGAUUUGCCAGCGGUCAUAGGACUGCUACAGCAGUCCCCAUACCAGGAAUCCUCCCAUUCGGACAGCAAAUGUCCGCAGAGAGGUUGGGCACUAGUGACCUGUUUGCCACGUUCGUGCCAGAAGGCUCUGAAUUCGAAGCAUCUUCUUUUUGGACAGAAUGGGCUCAGACUCUUGGAGAAGUGCCCGAUAUGGGUUAUGGAUGGCCAUAA